ACAAUAGGGAGAAAAAGACAGGAGGUGGUGGAGCUUCCACUGGCGGGGCAGUUUUUACGGGAUUUUUUUAUUGAUAAAUCGUCAAUUUGCCUCUGGCGGAUUCUAUAUUAAGAUUUUUGUUGGAUUUAGUGUCUGAACUAAUUCCGCGAGGUUUCGAAUUGAAGUCUCCACAGUUCUGUGUGCUGCUUCUAGAUCCCUUCCUCUUCGACGCAGGAGUCUGCCGCAGGCUCCGUAGCACGCGGUUGUCUUCAUUUGGACUCUGUCCAGACAGAAAAAGAGAGUGAUGGAAAAGCAGACAUCGUCCCGGUACAAUGCUCGUGGACAGUGAGAUUGCAUCUGUUGCGAGCAUCAUCCUAGUUUCUUCCUCGAAAUGAAACCUCUCCUCACGGCAUUUUGGAUGGCGUGCAGUUCGAGUGUAAACGGUUCCCAGCCUGUUUGUGUCUGCGUGUAGAAGGCUAUAAUAGAAUCGUCGUCAUUAGAAGACUGGGACUUAACGUCAUGGCAAGGAUGAGGCGUGAGAUUUGUCAUUGUUAAUCUGAGAGAAGACUUUCUGCGGUACAGGAAGAGUCAACGCUAGCGCUGUGAUUAUGUGACUUGUGGACCCGAAUCUACUGCCGCCGCAUGUUUUUGAAGUGGCGGUGCUUUCCGCUCUGCUUUUGGUCUUCUUUAAUUUUCAUGUUGGUGACGUUUACCUAUCGCAGUGAUACAGUCUUCUGCCUUCCGAGUUGAGGAUUCGUCUGAUGCAAGCGUAGAGGAAGCGAAAGGAAAUGGCAGAGGAGGAGUCGUCCUUGUCGAGGAAGCCGAAAGCGCCGCAUACGAAAUCGGGAUGGACGAAUUUUUCUCAGCAGUGCAGGGCGCUUUUUUACAAAAAUUUUCUUCUUUCGCGACGCAAUUUACGUGCUACAGUGCUUCAGCUCGGAUCAUCCCUCUUUUUCAUCUUCCUUAUCUUCUGUGUGGACCUAUCCAGUAAAGCACUACAAAGAAGUACGACGAAUUACAAGAAUCUUUUCAAUCCUGUUUCAACAGUAGUUCCUGGGAUUCCCGCUUGUGAGGAUGGUUUUUUUAUCAAGAAGGGCUGUUAUGAUUUUAUCUGGAUUGGAUCGUCAACCCCCCGUCUUGAACUGCUGGUUACUAAUAUUCGGAAGAACAAUCCUAAUCGCCCAAUCCCAGAGAAUAAGGUGAGGCGUUUUGCCACAACAGCGGAUUCGGAUGCAUGGUUGCUGGCAAAUCCAAUGCAAUGCACAGGAUCUUUAUACUUCGAAGAGAGGGGGAGUACUAUAGCUUAUGGGAUUCAGACGAAUUCUACUGCCACAGGAGAUCAUGGACGAUUUGAAGACCCCAACUUCACUUAUCAAAUACCAUUGCAAGUAGCUGCUGAACGCGAAAUAGCACGACUUGUGUCAGGAGACCCAAAUCUUGAGUGGAAGGUCGCAUUCUCCCAAUUCGCUCAUCCAGCAAUUAACGCAGUUUCUGUGGUGGGAAGAGUCGGUCCCGCUUUUCUGCUGGCAGCAACCAUGUUUGGUUUUGUUAUUCAACUGAGCAAUCUGGUGACUGAAAAAGAGCUCCGGUUGAGACAGAUGAUGAAUACCAUGGGACUCAUUGAUUCUGCGUAUUGGAUUACGUGGCUCUUGUGGGAGGUAGUGUUGGUGCUGGUGUCUUCCCUCCUCCUUGUCCUCUUCGGCAUGAUGUUUCAGUUCGACUUUUUCAUCAACAACAAUUUCGGCAUUCUCUUCUUCUUGUUCUUUUUGUUCCAAUUGAACAUGAUUGGUCUGGCAUUCAUGGUAUCCACCUUUGUCAGCAAGUCCACCUCGGCUACAAACGUUGGUUUCUUUGUCUUCAUCAUCGGUUUCCUCACACAGCUUGUGACCAUUGUUGGCUUUCCUUACGAUAAAAAGUUCUCGAAGACACUCCGGGGCCUUUGGUCUUUGUUUCCACCGAAUGUUUUCGCGGCCGCCCUAAAUUAUCUGGGACAGGCCACUUCUACUGCACAAGACCCAGGAAUUCAAUGGAAAGAUCGUGCUAAAUGUUCAUAUCGAAGUGAAGACUGUGUCUUGACGAUGAACGAUAUUUAUGGUUGGUUGAUAGCUACCUUCUUUAUCUGGUUCGUGCUGGCAAUCUACUUCGACAACGUGUUUCCAGAUGUUAACGGGGUGCGUAAGCCCUGCUUCUAUUUUCUAUCCCCAUCCUAUUGGCUUGGAGAGGGGGUGAAACUCUUCGAAGGUGGCCGUUGCUGCAACUGCUCUGGGUCUGUUCCACCUCUUGAUUCUCAAGAAUAUGAUGAUCCCGACGUAGCAACCGAAGCAAAUAUUGUGAAGGAGCAGAAGGAAAAUGGUUACAAGGACCCAAAUGUCGCAGUGCAUGUGCAAGGGCUGGUGAAGACCUAUCCUGGUUCCCACAAAUGUGUUGGAUGUCGGCUAAAGGCUACAAAGCCUUAUCAUGCUGUCAAGGGGUCUUGGUUUAAUAUUGAGAAAGAUAAGCUAUUUUGCUUGUUGGGACCAAAUGGUGCAGGCAAAACAACAACUAUCAAUUGUCUCACUGGUAUCAUUCCAACAUCAGCUGGUGAUGCAUUGGUGUAUGGAGAUUCGAUAAGAAGUACUUCAGGUGUAGCAAGCAUACGCAAGAACAUGGGUGUUUGCCCUCAGUUUGAUGUGUUGUGGGAAGCAUUGACCGCGCGCGAACAUCUUUACUUGUUUGGAUCCAUCAAAGGCUUAUCAUCGUCAGAUAUUAAAGACGGAACAAGUCAACUUUUAGCGCAGGUGAAACUGGCAGAAGCUGCGAACGUGAGGGCAGGAAGCUACAGUGGUGGUAUGAAGAGACGAUUGAGUGUUGCCAUCGCUCUUAUAGGCGAUCCAAAGAUAGUUUACCUUGAUGAGCCAACAACUGGUAUGGAUCCAGUCACUAGGAGGCAUGUGUGGGAUAUUAUUGAAGCUUCGAAAAAGGGACGUGCGAUAGUGUUGACUACACAUUCCAUGGAAGAAGCUGAUAUUUUAGGUGAUCGUGUCGCAAUUAUGGCUCGGGGCAAGCUUCGUUGUAUCGGCACUCCGAUCCAUUUGAAGACUAAAUUUGGCGCUGGUUACCUUGUAAACGUGAGCGUGAGAAGGGAAGAUGGCUUGCAGCAAUCUGGGGAAGCCGCUCGGGAGGAAGUUCGAAGGGCAGGAGUGAAGAGAUUUUUUGAAGAGCAACUUCAAAUUGUUCCAACUGAUGAGAACAAAGCAUACAUUACAUUCACAAUUCCACGGGAGAAAGAAGCACAAUUGCCGGGCUUUUUUAAGCUGUUGGAAGAUGGAAAGGCGCAGCUUGGAAUAUCUGAUCUUCAAUUGGGCCUCACAACUUUGGAGGAAGUUUUUCUGACUAUAUCCAGACAGGCUGAUUUGGAAAAUGCUGCUGCAGAGGGCCGGUUUGAAACUUUGACUGUGAAUGGGGUAACUUUGCAGGUGCCUGUUGGAGCCCAGCAAGUAAGAAUACCCAAUUCGGUUUCAGACGCUGCUCCAAAUGGAUUAAUGGUUGAAGUCUUCUGGCAACAAGAUGAUGUUGGGGCCUUGAAAAUAGCAAGACAUAGUGAGCCCAAACUUGCAGUCGAAGUGUUGGAUUCGGACCCCGGUCAAUCUUGGCGGUCGACGUCGUUGCACAACCAGAGAAGUCUUCGAGAGCAAUGAAACUCUGUCUGAGUGUGCACAUAUCCUGAUGAUGGAAUUGGGCCUGGAUAAUUAAGUCGCCUGCACGAACUUCACCCUGCGACCAGUACAUGUCGCAGUCUCUCUGGGAACCUUUUCCAAAAUUGUUGUAGAUUUGAAUAUGAGCAUAUGUUUUAAAAUAAGAAAAUUGAGUCUUCAGAAGGUUAGUGUUUUCUUAGAAGCGCCAAGUAGUUGUGUUGAUACUAGAGUUGCAGUAUUUACCGUUAAUUCUGGUAGUUCGUAAGAUUUGAGCUCAAGAUAACUGUAACGCAUCUUUUAUGUGUUUGUUGAUACAAAGUGUUUCUGUCGAACACUUGGAAUCUAAUUGAUGCCGUUAUGGUGUUACGAAUUGUCAUACACCUUAUCGGGCCUUUCCUUUCGUUA